GGGGGCGCUGUCGACGUCCGCGUCAUUCCAUUAAAUUCAGUUUCUGUCUCGUUGCCACCUGCGCGUCUUCAUACCGCUAGCAUAGCGGUGACUGACAUCGGCUGAACGCUACUAGUGCGACCACCAGACAUGGUUGAAGGAGUGUGACUAUAUGUUACUACACCCGCAGUAUGCUCCAGACUGGAAGCCGCCAUGGAUAAGCGGCGUCAAGCAGUGGUACGAGUGCGAAGACCCAGGUGCCAGACGAGACCAGGCGAUGGAUGACAUUCGCAUCUCAGAUGGAAAAUGUGUGGUCAUCAAGAAAAUAAGUACCGCAGAAAGUGUCCCGUAUGAAGCCGAGAUCGGAAAACUACCUGUCCUCCAAACCUCUGGUGUUCGGCCGUAUAACCACUGUUGUGUUCCUAUCCUCGAACUUGUGGUAGUAGUACGUGAUCCUCAGAACGGCGAUUGUCCUGCUGCUGGUCAUGCCGAUGCUGUGACUGUCACCACGGUGCAUCGAGCCUCCCUUCGAUACAGUCGGCGAAGCCGUAAAGUUCUUCCGGCAGGCAAGCAUUGGAGGCAUAAUAUCGCACACCGUGAUGCCAUGAUGCUCAAUAUGAUGGUGGAUCCCGUGCCAAUAUUUCCUGACAUGUCCCAUUUCUUCUUUCCCACAUACGAUCGCGACCAAGCCAGACCCGCAAAGUGCUACACGCGGACUGAACGACCAACGAGGUACUUCGAGACAGACUUCGGUUGGUCACGGAGGUAUGACCAGGAAGCUGUGCCGCCCUGCGGCGGUCCAUUCUCGACGGACGUCUACUGUCGGAGACCCAAAAGAGAGUACUUCCUACAGAUGGCAUGGUUCAUGAGCAUCCUGCGAGGCGAACGACGACUCGGAUGGAAGAGGUCGUGGAACGCUUCGAGGCCAUUCGCAAGAAGCAGCACUGGUGGAAAUUCCGCGCCAGGUUGAAAAAAGCAUUCGCACUGCUUGCUAUGUCCGAGGUCAGAGGGUUGCCCGUUGACCCCGUUCCGCCAUUGCAUGCUGUAUCGUCUUGACGUUGAGAUACAUCGCUACUGUACCCGCUUGUAUCGCACCAUUUCAAUGCUGUUACGACUGUAGACCCAUAUGUUCAAUGGCUGCCUAUGUCCA